CGACGGGAAACGGGAUUUUGACGGAACGUCACUAGCUCCAGAAUUACGCUUUCGUAGGCUCUUCUUCCGCGAAAUCUCCGCUCUGUUGCUAUCUCUUCCUAGAAUUCCUUUAUGUGUCCAGUACAUAUGCGCUAAGUGAGUCACACACAGGGUGUGAUGUUACGUCAAAACAAAAACAAUCUCACUACUGCUAAUUGCGAAGAUAAGUUGCGAUUACGGCGACUACGACCGCGACGUUCUCCUCUAGUCUCUCGGUCGCUUCUCGAGCAGAAAAACGAACGAGGAAGCAAAUGAGAGGGCGGAAGUGUUUGUAUCGCGAAUCGAAUGAUUUAUGAACGCGUCGCGCGGAUGUGUGUGCGCGCGCACACAUACAUGCGCAUAUAUCGCGAUAGCGUACGCGACGGCGAUGGCAAAAAUGUUGGCGAAGAUCGCGGCGCGUUGAUACAGGCGACAGGAUAGAGUGGGACACGCCGUUUCAUGUGCCGUGAAAUACAGUGAAAGCGCGGCGAGCGAUGUCUGGGACGAUCGCGUGCGACCAAUCAUUAGCGUAGCGAUCGCAUCGGCAGAGGAGAGAAGCUGGGCGCAUCGUCGUAUUUCUACGAUGUGCCUCGUUGCGACAUUACGGUCGUCGUUGAGGAACUGCCGCAUUCCGUAAUCAGGUGAUUCGUGUGUCCGUCUACCUUUAACGUCGUUUUAUUUGUGACAAUAAUUCAUCCGUUCGCCCGUUCCCCGAAACUGACAAACGCGAUCAGCUGUUGUGUGUGACUGCUCGAUACGUCUAAUGUCUAAUGUGUCUAAUAAUCGAGGAUGUCCGUUUCGCGGUCUUGGUAUUGAAUCGAGAGACGUAAUUCCGUCACGAAUAUAUAAGUAACGUCAAAAACGCGACACAAGCGUUAAUUCGACGUAAUAUAACCGGAAUUAAGGAUGUUUGUUGAACAUCGAUUUUUAAAGACUUAACAUGCACGUAGGAAUUAUGUGCAUAAGAUAACGUUGAAUGUCGAGGAUUAUGACGAACAGCGUAGAGAUCUAUCGAUGUUUGUGCAACUCUUGGCUGCACCGUCUCAUUCGUCAUGUACACAUGAUUAUCCGGGUUCAUGCGUUCUGUUAUUGUCAGCGGUGAGCAAACGACGACGAGCGCGACAGGGAGCUCUUCGCCGCGAGAAGAUCGGCGAACGCAAUCCUCGUCGUUUGUAACCAGCAGCGACGUACAGGGGAUGCCUAGCCUACACUCGCUCGUCUUAAGACGAGCUCCGUUAACGGAUAUGGGUACCGCAACCAGUUCGGUGACUUCUGUCAAUCCGCCCACCAAGCUCGCGGCUAAUCCCAAGAAGAUUGACAAGGCUAAAUUUAGCGGCAUUAAACUACCUCUGAUACGCAAGGAAGCUAGCGUGGUGAAUCUCUCUUUAACAGAAAGAAAUACACUGGGUAAAGAGGUAGACGCGCCUCUCCUGCGACCUGAAAGCAGCGCAAGCCUGGAAGCACGAGGUGGCAGCUGGAUGAGCCUGGGUCCUGGUGCUCUGAGAAAAUGCGAAACCGCCGUAGGAUUAAGUACCUCGGCUCUGGAAGGAAGACCGAUCAACCGCAGCAGAGUAUGCUCUCGCUGUUCCAGUUUGUUAUCACUGGCGUCUAGCUCGCGUUACAGCUUGGCUGCUGGUAAUUUCGUUCCUGCAGGUUCGCAACAGACGAUUGGACGGAUAUUUUGUAAAUUGUGUCUCGUCGAUACUUCUCUUUCCAAGACAUUUAAGAUUGAGGGAUGCGGUUGUUCCUAUUGUAAAGAUUGCAUGCGUGCCUAUGUAGAAUUUGAAAUUGAGGAAGGUGCGUAUGAAAUUAGUUGUCCUGAUGCUCAAUGUGAUCAUGGCGCAAUACUAUCUUUGAAAGAGAUAUCAAGUCUUGUCAGUGUAGAACUUAUGGAAAAACAUUGCAAGUUUCGUUUGAAUAGAGAUGUAUCAAUGGAUAAAGGUCGUGCAUGGUGUCCACGAGCGGGUUGUGAGACGAUAUGUUCCAUAAAUGGCAAUGGUGGAAGCAGCACUCCUUUAGGUCCUGUUCAUUGUCCCAACUGUUCUACCGAUUUUUGUUCGAUAUGUCGCGAGCCUUGGCACAAUGGGCCCUGUUCGGAACUUCCAUUAGGAAUACCGUUUGGUAGCGAUCACAUUAAAUGUUGUCCCAUGUGUUCUGUACCGAUAGAAAAGGACGAAGGUUGUGCUCAAAUGAUGUGCAAAAGAUGUAAACAUGUAUUUUGCUGGUACUGCCUAGCGUCCUUGGAUGACGAUUUUUUGUUGCGACAUUACGACAAGGGACCAUGUAAAAAUAAAUUGGGACACUCACGUGCAUCCGUGAUAUGGCAUCGAACGCAAGUUAUCGGGAUAUUUGCUGGUUUUGGCCUACUUUUACUUGUCGCAUCACCCUUGCUAUUAUUAGCAGCACCUUGCAUUGUAUGUUGUAAAUGUCGUGUUUGUGGUUCUUCUAGACUCGAACAGGAAGAAGGCGAUACAGCAACAUAGAAACUUCCAAACUUUUUAACCGAUUUUCGUUUAUUUCUUUGAAUUGAAAUAUUUUUUUCCAGAUUUCUAUAUAUGGGAGGUAAUAAAAUUGGCAAUUUAUAUAGACAUAUAUGCAUUUUGUUAAGUUUAUCUUUUAUUUUAUUUUUAUGCAUUAAAUGAUACAUAUAAUAUAGAAGGGCAGAAUAUCUCUUGUCAAGUCAAGCAUAUUGUGAUUAAUAUAUAUUUAUGUUUUACUUAGAUUGUUUGAACAGAAUAAGAAAUGAUGUGCGCGACUCGUAUCAUUAUACACACACACAUACACACACAUAUAUAUAUAUAUAUAU